UAGGCUAUCAUUCCCUUAUCUCCUCAGAUGACGCCCUUUGGUCAUAUUUCCUCAAGAGGCUUUUUCUUCUGAGGAACUGGGUCUCCACGUAUUGUUGCAUUCGUGAGUAGAGGGACCAGUGUUGCCUCUCGCUUUCAUAUUGAGCAGAUUUGCUCCGCGCAUGGCGUCUCUCCCGAGAGGUCUCUUGCAAAGGUCUCUCUCACAACACCCUGCAAUCCUUCCCCCCACUCUGUUUUAUCACUCGAACAUCGAUAACCACAGGUAUCCGCAGGUAUUCGCAGAUGUGAAAAUGAAUGGUGGGAGGUUCUAAAACGACAUGGUCACCCAGCUUGAUUCUAGAUGGAGUCUUUGAAUGCGGUGGAGCUCCGUGAAUUGGGGGAUGGUAAAAGGCGAGAUGCCCACGAGGCCUCGUCGCCGCAGCAGCCCUCGCGGUCAGAACCUCGGACAGCGACUGGUGGCUUCGAGAACGCGUCCUAUCAGGAUGAGGACGAGGAGAUAAAGUUCCCCACCGGCUCAAGACAACACAUCCACGAGUCUAUACCUCACACCAGAGACCGGCCGAUUCCCCCAAAUCUCCAACGGGAUGAGCUCUCUCCCCGAUCUGAUGAUGACCAAGAGUUGGAUUUUAGUGGGAGUACCGUGGACUAUGGAUUAAUUUCUGCUCUGGUGUUCCUGGUCAGUGGAAUUGUCCUGGUAGUGAUUGCCUACACCAUACCCAGAGAAGCUAAGGUCAACCCAGACAUGGUGACAGCUCGCCAGAUGGAAAAACUAGAAAUGUACUAUGCACAGCUUGGUUCCCAUCUGGACAAGUGUAUAAUAGCAGGUCUUGGGCUGCUUACACUUGGUGGGAUGCUUUUGUCAAUCAUGCUCAUGGUGUCAAUAUGUAAGGGUGAACUGUACCGCAGGAGGACUUUCGCCAUGUCCAGGAGACCCAGGAAAACCUAUGGAUCUAUAAAUCUUCGAAUGAGGCAGUUGGAGGGUGAGGGCAGGGAUACUCUUGUGGACUGUGAACCUAACACCACAUGCACUGGUCCAGUCAGUGAAGACAAAACUAGCCAAGUGUCUACUGCGACAAAAGAACUGUAGCACAAUUGUCUGCACAAUUGUUUUCAAGGGUUAUUUCUUAUCUGGGGUUGUUCUAAGACAAACAUGUGAAGGUAAGGCGCAUUUCAGACAUGUUGUUUGAAAUAGUAGGUCACAGGGAUAGCAGGUUAGAGAGAGUACAAUUUUCAAUCAAGAAUGUUAUCACAACUGGAUAAAAUAGCAUUAGGAUUUAGUUGUUGAUCAACCACAGAAAGAAAUAUUUACACAAAAACAAUAAUGACAUAACAUGCUGCAAACUAACAGCUAUCUGCUUCUCAAGACUUGAAAUAUAUGUCUGUAUAAUCUACUGUAUAUCAGAUUAUUAAUGAAAUCAUGUACAUAUUUUCAAUAUGUAAGGUUGCCUUAAAAAACACUGUCACUGUAAAUUGAAAUCACAAUGCCAUGUAGUAGGUGGUCAGUUUGUGAUUCAAGGAUUAUAGGACAGUUGCUGUAUAACUUGGAUGUGCAUAGCAACAGAAUGAAACAUGUUCAGUGGGUGAGUAUUAUUCAAUUCAUAAAAGUAUAAAAGUCAGUGUCUAACUAAUUAUCCAAUAAUGUUAAAUAUUUGUAGGUGGGCAGAAGUCUUUACAUACAUAGCGGAACUUGCUCCCAAGUCAGAUUGUUACUCACAGGAUGUUGGAUUGUUUUAAGACAGUACAGUAAUUAAUUAUCCAACCAUAGCAUUCUGUGUAAAAUAAUGUCAAAGAAUUUGUAUACUCACAAUUAAGAAUAUUAACAAAGGGGAAUGAGAAAAGAAAGGUUUCUUUAUAGAUCAGUCUGGAUUGUUUCAGAGAGUGUCAACACAAUCUAUGAUUUCCCAUUGGUCUCACAUUGGUUUAAUUUAUCAUAAUGCUGUUUACAUGCAUAUUUUUUUUAUAUAAUCUAAAAAGGGCAUAUUUAACAUAUCCCUUAUUAAACUGUUAGCAUCUGAUGAAUGAACUACUUAACACAGCCACUGAGACAGAAACAACAGCUCAUUCAGCUAAUGUAUUUUUACACAAGCAUGUCUCACAAUUCUCAAUGUUGUCAUAUACACAACCCUUUUGACAUGCUAUCACCUUUAGGUUUAUUAUGUCCAUGGCCAUCAGAAGGGUUAUAUCAAUGCAUUAGCGUAACUAUUGAAUGUUGAUGUCAACAUCAAAACAAUAUUCACAGAAAUACUUUGAGCUGAUUUGCUUUUUAUUUGUUUUCCUUCUAUAAGCUGUUAACUACACCUAGGAAUUAUAAUGUGUAAUGUAUAAAGUAUAAUGUUGCUAUAUUAUAAUGUAUUGCAACAGCCUUAUUUCAGUGUAAUGUGUAGAUCACGCCAUGGUAGUGGACUAUGGGGGCCAUUUUAUAGGACAAUGCACUUGUCAUCAGGAUCAUCUCUUUAUUUUCAAUUUAUUGUAUGACACCCAAAGGCAGAAUCUGGCACCAUCAGAAUAUAGGCCCAAAACUGCUCAAGAGAUGUAGUUGCAUGGAACUGAGAGAUAGAUAAUUGAAUAUAGGCAGAAACUGUAGAUUUACGCAAGAGAAAUGUUAAGAACCACAUGAGAGAAUGUGUGAAGAGAACAGUCUGUGGAAUGAUGAAAGUUUUAGAACAGAGCACACAACCAAAUGAAAGCAGCCCAUCUUUAAACUCAUUUGCAACUGCACCUCAUUAGGGUUUUUUUUCCUGACUUAAAAGGAAACAGCAGAGGAUAUAAUGAAGAAGGUAACAUCAGACAAAAUACCUGGCUAUAGUUCCUGAUUUAUAAGCAAACAAAAAAUGCCUUGUGUAUCCACAGUUACCUGCUUGUACCAGCUAUUGUGCCUAUAGACAUAUACUCUGAAAAGCACCAUUUAUUGUAAAAUUGUUCAUCAAACUAAUAGUGAAAAUGUUGGCCUUUCUUGUUUGUUAUUCAGCACUUAGAUUGCACUUCAAAUAAUUUACAUUUCAGACCACAGGUGACAAAGGCAGCCUAUGUGAGAGAGUGCUGUGUUUAAUCUUGCAUUAUUACAUGUAAUAUUUUGGUAGUGUUGAUGAGUAAAGUGUAUUGAUAUCUACCAUGACAUUUAUGACAUUAGUGAGAUGGAUUAUAGGUGAAUGGUGAAAAUGACAUCAUAAUAUAUGUUUACAGAUGUUUUGUGAUCAUAUCACAAGCUACACUUCAUGGAUCUUAUCACCUGUGUUGUUUGUGUGCUUGCCUCUACGUUAACCUGAUUCUCAUGUUGUCUUUGGGGUAGGCCUACAUAGAGUCUCUUGUAAAGGUUCACUGGACUGGCCAUUACAAUCAAAUUGAUGACUGUUCUUUAUAUUUAUUUGUACAGCAUAUUUAAUAAUUUAUUACAGAAAACGGGAUGCGGCACUGAUUGUUAUUGAGGUGUUUAAUUAAAAUGAACAAACUGAAUGUCCCCACCAGCUUGAAAAAUGAUAGAUGUUGUCUUUCUUUCUCAAUGCAAUACAAAGCUGAUACAGCAAUAUAACUUGUACACUCAAGGACCAUAUCAACCCUAAUACGAAUGUUUCCUCAAUUGGUUAUAUGUAAACCUGUAAAAGGUCAGGAGAAAUAA